GGCUGGUGGCUCUGGUGCGUGCAGGACUCCGCUCCAUAGUCAGGUCCAUCACCAGCUCAGCGCCUCGCUGCUCCUGCUCUUAUUCUCUGCGCAGAUCACGCAGCGCUUUACUGACGACGGGACUGAGCCAUGCAGAAGGAGCGCUCGUCUUCCCUGACGGAUGUUACAACUGAACACUUCCUAGGGUCAAAGUCUAAACUUUUUAUGUACAGAAGAGUAUCUCUGAACUGCAGUUCCAGGCACAGCCAACAGACAGGAGUGGCGCUGUGUCUGCAAAAAAAAAAAAAACUUUUCUGCCUGCAAGAAGCCACCACUAGAGGGAGCUAGUCAGGUAGUCGCAGGCAGGUCGGCCUCAGACCACUGCUGACCAUGGGUUCCACAGCCUAGUAGUAUUCCUGAACUCCAAAACGGGGGACAGCGCUGGUAUAAAAGCCGCCCCAGAGCGUAAAAGGGGUUGCCCAAAGUUAUAAGUGUCCACAGGAUACGGAGGAGCGCAGUGCUCAGCUGUUCCCAUACAGAUGAAUGUAGUGGCAGCCAGAAUUAUGAAGGACAAAUCUUCCAUAUCACAUUUGGUGCAUAAACCAGGCAAUUCUGGAAAAGCUAAGCGACAACCCCCGUCAGUCCUGGUGGCCGACAACUCCCGUCAGUCACACGUCAGUCCAGGUGGCCGACAACCCCCGUCAGUCACACGUCAGUCCUGGUGGCCGACAACCCCCGUCAGUCACACGUCAGUCCUGGUGGCCGACAACCCCCGUCAGUCACACGUCAGUCCUGGUGGCCGACAACCCCCGUCAGUCACACGUCAGUCCUGGUGGCCGACAACCCCCGUCAGUCACACGUCAGUCCUGGUGGCCGACAACCCCCGUCAGUCACACGUCAGUCCUGGUGGCCGACAACCCCCGUCAGUCACACGUCAGUCCUGGUGGCCGACAACCCCCGUCAGUCACACGUCAGUCCUGGUGGCCGACAACCCCCGUCAGUCCUGGUGGCCGACAACCCCCGUCAGUCCUGGUGGCCGACAACCCCCGUCAGUCACACGUCAGUCCUGGUGGCCGACAACCCCCGUCAGUCACACGUCAGUCCUGGUGGCCGACAACCCCCGUCUGUCCACUGCAGUAGCUCUAGUUCUUCCCACACCGGUUGUCAGACAGCUUUCCCGCCCCUGAAGGACUUUACAGGACACUUUAGAACUUCCUUCCCGGACUGGAGACAUGAUCCGGACGCUGAGGACAUCAGGAACCACCACAUCCAGGACAGGAGCUCAGAGGCAGCAGAGCCGACACCUCCCC